AUGAUUUCUUUAGUUUGGAAACAUUCAGAAGAUCUAGCAAAAUUGGCUAUACUGAAUCGUGUUGAUGAGCAAGCUAUCAAAUGUAUUUCAAUUCAUGCAACAGCAAAUGCUGCUAAAGAUCAUUUUAUAGCAUCAACUAUACAUGUUGAAUCCAAUAUUGGAGCAUCUAAAAAUUUAAACCUAGAUCAACCACUAAUUCAGAGUAAAUUAACAGAAGAGAUCGAAGAAGAUAAUUACAAUGUGCUCAAUAAUGAUCGAAAUGACCAAACAGAGGAAUUCUAUGACAAUAAUGACAUAUAUGAAGAGGAUACUUUGACUGAAGAAACACCAACAGAAAAUCUUGAGGAAGUGGAUCUUGUUAAAUUUAAGAGAAUUUAUGAGAAAAUGGAAGACCAAAAAAAAUGGAUCUUAAAUUCUGGUAAAGUGGUGGAGGAUGAGUUAUAUAGGUUUGGAAUUAGAUGUGAACAUGAGCACCCUUGCCACUCAUUCAUUGUAGAUCCUUGUGAUGAAAAUUACAUUGAAAAAGGAAUUUUUAAUAGAACAGAAUUAGAUGAAAUUUGUACUUAUAAAAUAAAACCUAUUCCACAGAUGCCUCAACAUUUAUUAAAUUAUAUUGGUAGUUUUCAUGCUAAAGUAACUUACUUAAUAAAUAUGACGCCUGAAAUAACCAUAAAACAUGAGGCAGAAAAAUUGCUUAAAUUACAUCCCAACUUGGAUCUUGAUCCAAAUUCCUCAUUUCAAGGAAUGCAGAAAUACGAUCCAACAAAGGAUAAUGUAGACAAGCCACCUAGACAUCGCAAAUUAAAAAGAAAACCAUAUCGAUUGAAUUCAUAUGAAUUGGAGCAAGAAGCUCUAGAAAAAGCAAAAUAUGAUAAAUUGAAAUUCAUGAAAAACGAUGAGGCUUUAACUAAAAAUUUAUUUAGGAAUAUUAGAUUUAUUAGAGAUUACACUGAUCCAAUUGAUAAUAAGACAUACAAAUUAUAUACUAUUGCUUGUUUCUAUGAAGAACCUGGUAAAAAUAAAUACGAAGUUAUUAUCUAUAAUUGUAGUGAAAAAGAAUUUUCUGACGAUGGUAAAAGAGCAUUACUUGAUGAUAAAAAAUUUUUGAUAAAAUUACAUGAAUCGAAAGCAAUAAUUAAUAAAGAUAUUUUUGGAAAUUUUUUGAAUCCCUUGGUUCUGUUAUUGGCUCUUAAUAACAAAAUAGAAUAUGAUUCAGAUCCAACUCAUGGAAUUUCUCAGAAAGAUAUUAACGAUUUGUGUAAAGAGCUUCAUAGUUAUCGAAAACAAAUUGAUACUAAUAUUAAUACAUCGGACCCAUAUCAAUUGGCUGCUCAUUUUGCUGACCAAACAAAACGUGAACAACAAAAAAAAACAGUUUUACAGCAAUCGCCUCAAUUAAUACAAUCACCUCAAUUAAUACAAUCACCCCAAUUAAUGCAAUCACCCCAAUUACAACAAACAUCUCAAUUACAACAACGACAAUUACAACAACAGCAAAGACAACAACAGUUACAGCAAACGCCCCAAUUACAACCACAACAAACGCCCCAACCACAACAAAUGCAAUUACAGCAGCAAAUACAAUCGCACCAACAGCAGUUACAGCAGUUAAAACGACAACUAUCUCAAUCAGACAAUUCAACAAUGGCAUUGAAAAAUUCUUCUGAAAAACCAAAAACCCAACAUUUAUAUUAUAGUGACGAUAAGGCACCAACUAACAUACAACAACAAAACAUUAUUCCUAUCAUGAACAUAACUACAAAUCAACGUCCACCUAUAGCUGGGAUGCAACAAAAUGCUAUUCCUAUUACAAACAUGGCUGCAAAUCAACAUCCUUCAGUGACUUCCAUACAACAAAAUGUAAACCAACGUCCUAACAUAGCUGCCAUACAACAAAAUGCUACCAUGAACGUAGCUACAAAUCAACGUCCUCCUAUAACUUAUGUUCAACGUGGUGCAGCAGCAUAUACAGCAACAGCAUCUACAGCAUCUACAGCAGCAUCAUCUACAGCAGCAGCAAAUACAACAGCAGCAGUUACAACAACAGCAAAUACAACAGCAGCAGUUACAACAGCAACAUUUACAAAACCAGCAACAAUAAUGCCAAUGAUAAUAAUAUCAAAAACUUCUUAA